AUGCUUCAUACGUAUAUCCUUGCUGGUGGGAGUGAUGAUUUGCUUGAUGGUGUGAUUGUCCAUUUUCUGCCUCGUCUGUGGUCAAUGGUUUCUCCUGAUGCUGUAGGGGAUGAUGUGCUUGAUGGUGUGAUUCUUCUUAUCCUCCCUCACUUGAUUAUAUUUUUGGUCGUAAACGUCGUAGUUGAUAAAGCAGUUGUUGUUCUUGUUGCUGAUGCAUUUGAGGUUGACGCUAUUGUUUGUCUCGUGUCUGCUCCUGUGUACGAUGCUUUUGCUGCUGGUAUAAUCAAUGUUGAUGAUUAUUUUGCGACUCAUUAA